ACUCACUCACUGCUGUUCCCAAAGCAUGGAGCCUUCACUACCUGUUGCAAUCCUGAGGGAGACUUGUGCUCAGGUGGAAUACCUUACCAGGAACCUAUAACUGACGAUAGGAUUCUCUUCUUGUUUAUGUUUUAAGUGUUGGAGGGAAAACCUGAGGAGGAUGUUGUACAAAGAGUUUUUGCGGUUGUGGGAUGAGGCGGUGAAGGCAGUGGAUGCCAGAGACUGGCAGGGAGCCCUGUCUAAACUCAACCAGAUCACAGAACCUACCUCCCGGACUCUGUUUCUGACUGCCUCUGCUCACCUUGCCCUGGGGCAGCUGGAGCCUGCCAUCCAGGCUCUAGACCAGACAAUAGCAAAGGAUGAGCGACUUGCAGUUGGCUUUUUCCAAAGAGCUGGAGCAUUCAUGCUGGCUAGCAGGCUGGAGGAGGCUCUGAAUGACUGUAUCUCGGCUCAGAAACACAUGAGAGGCAACAUGGUCAUUGAUUACAAACAGCUGGGGCUAUGCUACAAGCUCUACAGUUGGCAGGUCUUGUAUAACGCAGCAGCUGUCCACUCUAGACUGGACCAGUUGGACAAAGCCCGGGACAUCCUGAUCUCAGCCUCCCAGGAGAAAGGAAGAGGGGGGCGAGGAGGGAACAUGGAAGUGGCUUUAGACAUUAUCUCUAGGGGAGAGGUGCUCCCUGUCCUCCUGGUGCCAGAGGGGGAGGUGUUCCGCCCCAGGAAACAGAACGUAGAACAGCUGGGACAGAGAGACUUCCUGGGCAAACCAAAGGUCAUCUCCUCUAUGAUUCCCAAUGAUGACUUUGGUGGAUUUGAACCUCUCAGGAUUCAGAAACCUGGAUACUACGAGCCCAAGGUGGAUAGAGUGGAGGAUUCUCGCUACAUGCGUCUGCGUACCCCCUACAUAUCACAGGGCCCUGGUCAGCUGACGGUGCCAGGGGGAGCCAUGGUGUUUCUCUUCAGUGAUGUGGAAAGAGAUGGACUGGCCACGGUCAUACACGAUGGACAGAAAGGACUUGUCCCCAUGACACUGCUAGACCCAGUGGAUGUCAAGAAGUCCAAAGGCAGAAAAAAUAAUAAAAGUAUUCCCAGUGGGAUCCCCCUCCCACCGGACCUCAGGCCGCCCACUCGCCCACAGGGUAGACUCACCUCAUUUAACCCCUCUGGCAGAGGACAGGACAAGGGGAUGGAGCCAGGCCAGCAUUCAUCUAAACUAAAGCACCUUUUGUUGUUUAUUUAAUGAUAUCAGUCGUUAUUCUGGCAUGACCAUGUACAGUACUACCGGUAUAAAUGUGAUAAUUUUAAGUAGUCAUGAAAACCUCUUCACUGAGUGUUCAGCCUUUUUAAUGUUGUACUGUAAUUCAUCUGCAGAGAGCCCAGUUAGAGAGGCAUCACUACCAUCCUAUGCCACCCACCCACCAAACACCUCCACCCCGCUACCGAAGUACACAUCCACAGUAGACAGCCCCACUGAACUGGAUCCCAUUUCACCCCAGGGAGAAGAGGCUGGGUCUGUGGUGGUAAAGGUGCAUUACAGAUACACCGUGGCUCUGAGUGUCCCUUUAGGCACACCGUACGAUGAACUACAGGAGAGAAUUGCAUACAAAUUGGGGCAGCCAGCCUCACACUUGCGCCUCAGACACAGGCAGCAUGGCUCCCAGGCGCUGAAGCCUCUGGAUGGGGAGGAGGGGCUCAGGGCCCUGCUGGCGGAGGUAGAGGCAGGCAGAACCACACUGUGGUGCCAGACUGAGGACCCCCUGGCCAACCGUACCAUUCUCUACCAGAUGGUGGCACUGUAUGACUAUGCAGCAGAGGGCCCAGAGGACUUGGAGUUCAGUGAGGGAGACACUAUUGACAUUCUUAGUGAAGUCAACGAGGAGUGGCUGGAGGGACACUGUGCUGGUUACAUUGGCAUCUUCCCCAGCUGUUUUGCCUACCGGGAAGGAGAGACCCCCACAACCAGGGAUGCAACUUUCACUGGGGGCGGGGGGGUCAUGUCCCCCCCACAUUCUGAAAUUGCAUUUUUGUCC